AUGUGGAUAUCGAUGCCGUGGCGAAGGAUGGGCCCUCUCCUCUCGGCCGCCUUCGUCUUUCUGCUGGCCCUGGGCGCAGUGUCUCCGGCCUCGGUGGGUAACCCCGAGGAUUAUGCCGCGGACGAGGCGGAGCGGACCGCCAGUGAAAACAUCGUGUUUGAUGACUACCGGGGGAAAGGAUGCGUGGAUGACAGUGGCUUCGUCUACAAACUCGGGGAGCGCUUCUACCCGGGACACUCGAACUGUCCGUGCGUGUGCACGGAGGACGGGCCUGUGUGUGACCAACCCGAGUGCCCCAAAUUGCACCCAAAGUGCACUAAAGUGGAGCACAAUGGAUGCUGCCCGGAAUGCAAGGAGGUUAAAAACUUUUGCGAAUACCGAGGGAAAACAUACAAAAUUCUGGAAGAAUUCAAGCCGUCACCCUGUGAAUGGUGCCGUUGCGAACCAAAUAAUGAGGUGCACUGUGUGGUGUCCGACUGCGCUGUCCCAGAGUGUGUCAACCCUGUGUACGAACCGGAGCAAUGCUGCCCCAUCUGUAAAAACGGUCCAAAUUGCUUUGCUGGAACAACGAUCAUCCCAGCCGGAAUUGAAGUAAAGGUGGACGACUGCACCAUCUGCCGCUGCCACAACGGAGACUGGUGGAAGCCAGCACAGUGCUUGCGACGGGAGUGCCUCAACGGCCAGACGUUGUCAUAG